ACAGGGAGCAGUUAAGCUUCUAUUUCAAACCUAAUCCUGCAGGGGUCUAUAAAUCUAUAUAUCUCUGUGCCCUCUUAAGCAGGUUUAUGGCUGUCCCACCGGUUCACCAAAAAACUGUGUGGAAAAAAGAGCAUACCCUAAACACUGGGUGUGAGCCUCUCUCUUUCCACACUCUGUUGAUGAGUGUUUCAAUAACCCAUGUGAAGAACAGCUUCCAUGAGACAAUCCAAAUGCCCUCCAUUCCUCAGCCCAGAAUAGCCUGUUGCCUGAUGGUUAUGACACGCUCCAGCAAGAUGAAAGAUAGGGAUUCAAGGAGCACAAAUAGGAAAAGAAAGCAAAAAUGGGCCUUCUCCAUACCUGGUAGCUGUUGCAGGGGGAGCAGGACAACAACCACCUCUUUGAAGAAAAGCAGUUACGUCCAUUUUUUUUCUCCCUCAAGAAAGGACUCCAGGAGUUUAUGCAGGAUGGUGCCUGUUUGGGGCAUGGUGUGAGAUGCAGAUGUCUCAGGGAUGUUAAGGCUGCUGUGAAUCCAUUUUAGAGGCACCUCCAUUAUUCUCCAUUCAUGCUACUCAAGCUAGCUACUGUGAAUUAGCCGAAAAGCAACUAAGUGCCUAAAGACUGUUACAGAGCUGGCCCUACCAUUUUUAUUCCAUUACUGCUUUAUUUCAUACCAUGUCUCUAACAGUGACCAACAGGAGAUAUUUUGGUGGAAUAUAUCCUGCCUUCUUCCCCCUACCAUGGUGAUGGUCCAUCAGCCUGCGAUUCACUUUCUCCUUCUGUGAGCUCUCUCUGCUGUUGAUCACGAGGUAUUGCAGUGCUCGUGUCACCCAGCGCACUCACCAGUGGCCUUGUUUAAAAACCAGUAGAAAGUCAUAAUGAUUAACGUUGUGGAGAUUAAAGUCCCUUUUUAGAUCAUGGCCUGAUAGGCAGCCGCUGUCACAGUGCCUGCUUUGCAAAGUCCACCGGUGUGCCAGAGGGGUGAUGUGGAGCUGCUGUGGUUUGUGGCAGUGUUAGCCCUCUGAAACUUUCCGUGGUGAGUGGAAAGCAUUGCAGAAAGCAGAAAUAUGGCAACAAAGGAAAAGCUUCAGUGCUUGAAAGAUUUCCACAAGGACAUCCUCAAACCUUCCCCUGGCAAGAGCCCGGGGACACGGCCUGAGGAUGAGGCUGAGGGAAAGCCACCCCAGCGGGAGAAGUGGGCGAGCAAGAUCGACUUCCUGCUGUCCGUGGCGGGGGGAUUCAUUGGUUUAGGCAACGUCUGGCGGUUCCCGUAUCUCUGCUACAAAAACGGCGGAGGUGCAUUUCUUAUACCUUAUUUCAUUUUCCUGUUUGGGGGAGGUCUUCCCGUGUUUUUCCUGGAGGUGGUGCUAGGACAGUAUACCUCCGAAGGUGGAAUUACAUGCUGGGAAAAGAUCUGCCCUAUUUUCACUGGAAUUGGUUAUGCUUCCAUAGUGAUUGUGUCCCUUCUGAAUGUGUACUACAUUGUGAUCCUGGCCUGGGGACUCUACUACCUGUUCCAGUCGUUCCAGAGCGUCCUGCCAUGGGCACACUGCCACCAGAAGUGGAACACGCCGACCUGUGUGGAAGACACUCUCAGGAAGAACAAAACACUCUGGAUAUCACUGAAUGCCACUAACUUCACCUCUCCUGUCACAGAAUUUUGGGAGCGCAAUGUGCUGAGCUUGUCCUCGGGCAUUGAAGAUAUUGGUAUUAUCAAGUGGGAUCUAGCACUGUGUCUCCUCCUCGUCUGGGUGAUAUGUUUCUUCUGCAUUUGGAAAGGAGUCAAAUCCACUGGGAAGGUAGUGUACAUCACUGCCACAUUCCCAUUCAUCAUGCUCCUCGUUCUGCUCAUCCGUGGUGUGACCCUGCCUGGAGCUGCAGAAGGCAUCAAGUUUUAUCUUUACCCUGAUAUCUCACGGUUAGCUGACCCACAGGUCUGGAUAGAUGCAGGGACACAAAUCUUCUUCUCAUAUGCAAUCUGCUUAGGAGCAAUGACUUCCCUGGGGAGCUACAACAAGUACAAAUACAACUGCUAUAGGGACUGUUUGCUGCUGGGAUGCCUGAACAGUGGUACCAGUUUUGUGUCUGGCUUCGCAAUUUUUUCCGUCCUGGGCUUCAUGGCACAAGAGCAAGGGGUGAACAUUGCUGAUGUGGCAGAGUCAGGUCCAGGCCUGGCCUUCAUUGCCUACCCAAAAGCUGUGUCCAUGAUGCCACUGCCCACCUUUUGGGCAAUCCUUUUUUUUAUUAUGCUUCUGUUGCUUGGACUGGAUAGCCAGUUUGUUGAAGUUGAAGGACAGAUCACGUCAUUAGUUGAUCUGCACCCAUCCUUCCUAAGGAAGGGUUACCGACGGGAAAUCUUCAUCGCUAUAGUGUGUUUCCUUAGCUAUCUUCUGGGACUAACUAUGGUGACUGAGGGUGGCAUGUAUGUUUUUCAACUCUUUGACUACUAUGCAGCUAGUGGUGUAUGCCUUUUGUGGGUUGCAUUCUUUGAAUGUAUUGCUGUAGCCUGGGUUUAUGGCGCUGAUAAUAUUUAUGAUGCCAUUGAGGAUAUGAUUGGAUACAGACCUGGUCCCUGGAUGAAGUGGAGCUGGAUUGUGAUCACACCAGUUCUCUGCGUGGGGUGCUUUAUCUUUUCUUUGGCCAAGUAUAAACCACUGACCUACAACAAGGUCUACACAUACCCAGACUGGGCAAUUGGCCUGGGCUGGGUUCUUGCCCUUUCCUCCAUGAUCUGCAUCCCUAUGGUGAUGGUCAUCCGCAUCAUUCGGUCAGAUGGGUCACUCAUUGAGAGGAUAAAGGCAGUGGCUGCCCCCAAGGAGGUGAAUCGGUGGUCCAAAGAAACGGAGAGUGGCACCCCCUUCUGCCCCAAUGGAACUUCGAAUGGCGGAUUGAUCAAGCCAACUCAUAUCAUUGUGGAAACCAUGAUGUGAGCUCUCUCUGUGAGAGGAUAAACCUGCUUUAACUGCCGUUUACUAACCAUAGAUUCUCAUAGGACCAGGUUUACAGAGCUUUAUAUUUGCACUAGGAUUUAUUUUUAUUUCUCACAGAGAAAGUUAUUUUUUGUGUGUGUGUUUUUUUUUUUUAAUAUUUUGUAAGGUAAUCACAGCAGACGUCUCUCUGUAGAGGGAGAGCUUUCAUAUCAGACUAGACAUAUUACAAGAAUUUACUAUUAUUGGGUUUUUUUAAAUAUAUAUAUCUUUAUCUCUAAAUAUUAUACACCUUACCACUUGAAUUGAUUGUCUUACCAGCAAUACAUUCAAGUCUCAGAAAGCAAUUUUAGGUGCUGGUAUGGUUGGGAGCAGGGUAACCUACAGAACACACAAAAGGAGCUCUGUUGAGAGAUA